CUGAAACCGAAAUUGAGCACUCGCGGUCAGUUCGGGUGUUUUGGUCCGAAACAAUGGCGAGUGCUGUACGCAAGAAACUUGUUAUUGUUGGAGAUGGUGCAUGCGGAAAAACUUGUUUACUUAUUGUAUUCAGCAAAGACCAGUUUCCCGAAGUUUAUGUCCCUACUGUAUUCGAAAACUAUGUUGCAGAUAUCGAAGUUGAUAACAGACAAGUUGAAUUAGCUCUUUGGGACACUGCUGGCCAAGAAGAUUAUGAUAGGUUACGGCCACUUUCUUAUCCUGAUACGGAUGUAGUUCUGUUGUGUUAUAGUAUUGAUUCUCCCGAUAGUUUUGCAAACAUUGAGGAGAAAUGGUUACCAGAAGUAGAUACCACGAGUUCAUAAAUCCUAUUAUAGAUCCGGCAUUUUUGUCCUGAUGUCCCCAUUAUCUUAGUUGGAAACAAAAAAGACCUACGACAUGAUGAGGCUACGAAGAAUGAGCUUCAUAGAACCAAGCAACUUCCCGUCACUUUUAAUGAGGGUAAACAAGUAGCUGAAAAGAUUUCUGCUUAUGCCUUCUAUGAGUGUUCAGCUAAGACCAAGGAAGGUGUCAGCGAUGUUUUUGUAGCAGCUACUCGAGCCGCCUUGAAUUCAGCGAAGAAGAAGAGGAGGAAAUGUGAUUUAAUUUGAUCCUCACUGUUCUCUGAAUUGUCUAAACUUGAUUUUCCGGUCUCCAAAACGUACAUUCCCCUCCUAAUUCUUCCUCAGGACCUUAAAUUGCUACUUCUAUUGACUACUUGUUUCUUUAACGAUCAUACUUUUUGUUUACCAACAAGACAAUCCAUUCCACGGAAAUACUUACCAUUUAUUUUUGUCUUGAUACUAAGACAGGGCAUGCCUCAUGUAACUUAUAUUUAUUAAGAAUAAAUUAUUAUAAUCAGUCGGCUUUUUAACUUUGUUAUCCAGCAUUCAUGCCUGUUGAUUGUAACAAAAUAUACAAAGCCAGUUUAUAACUAAAUUCUGUUCCAAGUUUAUCCGGUCUGCAAAAUAAUUGCGACUCACCUACUUACUAUGUGUUAUGCUUCGUAUAUUCACAAGAGUGGAGCGGAAAGUUGCCUUGUUUAUUUCUGUUUGGUUUACGUAGCGGCACAGGUUCAGAUAAAUUAUUAUUACUUCUCCAGUUACAUCUAAUGAGUCGGUUUUGGCUCAAAAGAGUGUACUGACCAUGAAUACUGUUUCAUUUUACAAUGCCAUUACCUGCUGUUUGUGUGAUAUAUAGUGAGUGUUUUACUUAUCGUUGUUGUGAAACGUACUUUUUAACCCUUAUUUGUUUGCCAAUGUAGUCUACUGCUACCAAGAAAGCCGGGUUACACUACUUGUGGAAAGAGCCAGCGACUUGGACUUGUUAUAAAACGGAUAUUUUUGUUCCUAACCUUUUUCUGUACUUCGAAUCGCCUCAAGGUAUUUUGAACAUAUACUGUUAUAACCAGUGUGAUCCAUUGUCCUGAACAUCACAAAUCAGAAAACCUGGGUUAUCAAGUAUUUGGUGGGAUUUGAGAUACGUCUGCUAUAUCUCAACAAACAACUUCAUUCCAUACCACUGUUUGGUUGACUAGUGGUUUAGAACGCCAAAUAAUAUUUCCGUUAUUUGUAGCCCGAAUGUAAUUAAUCAGCGUUGGUUGUAUUCUGAUUCAUCUGUUUGUAUGGUCAGUAACAAAGCAACUAGAGAGGAAUAAUAGGAAUUGAAGAGG